AUGGAGGCGGCGAAGGGAGCGCCAGUGGAGGAGAAUGGAAAAGGAGCGGAGGGAGCGGCGGGGUCCGAUGAGGAGAUGGGAGAGGUGGCUUCGGAGAAGGGGAAAGCAGUGGAGGAAGCGAAGGAGGUGGCCGGCGUGAAGACGAUCACCCUGCAGAGCGCGGACGGGGUGGAGCGCUGCGUGUCGGCCGUGGCGGCGGAGCUCUCGAUGGUCCUCAGCGGCACGAACGCAUGCGCCGACACGGUCAUCCCGCUCCCAAAUGUCGCCACGGGGAAGACUCUGGACACGGUGAUCGAGUACUGCAUCAAGCACGCCGCCGAGCCCAUCAUUGGCUACUCCGACCCCAGCGCCGCGGCCGGCAGCAGCAGCGUCGGCACACUGGUAUCCGAGGACCUGGAGAAGUGGGACCGCAAGCUCGUCGAGGGCCUCAGCGCGGACGACCUGCACGACCUCCUCAUGGCCGCCAACUACCUCGGAAUCAACGGGCUCCUCGACGUCGUCUGCCAGAAGGCCGCCGACAUGAUCAAGGGCAAGACCACCCAGCAGAUCCGCGACACCUUCAACCUCACCAACGAUCUCACCCCGGCGGACGAGGCGGAGUUGCGCCAGCUGUACGCCUGGGCCUUCGACGAGUAGGAGCCUUCGAACCCACUUCGUGCUGCUCUAGCAUCUCACAUUCUCACUAGAUCCGCCGGCCUAGCGCGCGGUUCCGUGUUCCACCGCGUCCUUCCUCUGGACGCGCAUCGUAGUGGUUGCAUGGUUCGUAGUUUUCUAGCAUUCUCGUGUAGAUAUGUU